UCUAUUUUCCCUUUCUGUGCUCUAUCGUGGUAGUCUUGGAAGUUUGGCUGUAUACCAAAUCGGUGGCAUGCCCAGCACCGAAGCUUUGGAGGAGAUGCUAGACCAGCUCUGAGUGAGGAGGGGACGGGCGUUCAAGCCGCCCAUCUUGCGCCACCCACCGGCGAGGUUGCAUCUUGCCGAUUUGGAUCCGGUGAGGCAGACUGGCCACCAAGGAGGCCACGGGAGAAUAUGAGCGAUAACUACUUGUUAGCUUCCUCAGUGCUCUGCUCUCCUAAUCGUGGCACCAGGAGUGAGAGAUGUGUCUUCGGGCUGGACGACCAUUUUCUCUGUUGUCGUCUGAGCGGAGUAGAAUGUGCGGCUAUGAAUCUCUUAGUACUCUCCCAAUACUCUCUGCAUUCUCCUCUUGCUUGGCAGUAUAUAUGUACUUUGGAGUCUGCAGGUGGAGGCGAGCUAUGGGCUUCCUCAUUGUUGGUGUUGUCGGCUUCCAGCUAUGUAAGGUGCUACGGAUUUCAAUCAUUCCUACUUCCUCCAUAGCGGCUGAUUGUCUACAGGUCUUAGAGUCUUGUUGUUCUCGAAAAGUGGUGAUAUCAUAUCUUAGAAGAAGUCUGAUGCCUUACCUAAUUUGCUUAGUUACCAUGCGCCAUUCCAGAGAGGCAGCAACUCUGAAGGUUCGGCUGGCGUCGUGACAUCUAUCAUAAUUUUGGCUAAUUUGCGUUGCAUCGUUUGUUUCAUCGUGGCGGCAACUCAGAAGGUUUGGCUGGCGUUCAGACAUGUUCUGUCACAGUUUUGGCUGAUUUGCGUCACAUUGUUUGUUUCAUCACGGCAUCGGCAGAUUUCUAUAUUGUAGGUGGUCUGCUUGUCGGGCAGAUUUUGCUUCCUGGAUCUCUGGCAAAAAGCAGCCCUAUAUCUAUGUAGCGAACUUCUGGAUGUACUUUGUCUAUCAUGAUGCACUCCUCCAGCAUAGUCCAAUCCUACCCUAAUUGCAUCCAUUGCACUUUGGUGUGGUGUUUGCCAUGCUCUCGGAUGCCGUCUAAUCACGCCCUUUUUGCAUCCAUCACACUUUGUCAUGGUGUUUAGACUCACGUGGAGCAUGAUAUGGAUCAUGCCCGAUCUCACUUGUGUUGUAGUACAUGGAAAAAAGUUUUGGCUUCUUGGGCGUUGCUGGACGUGGCCAGCUAGGUGUCUCUUUUUGUCCGUGUUAGCCGACCCCGAGUGGAGUUCUUUGGUUGAGUCCGUGUGUAUAGAUUUGGAAUUCCAAC